AUGGCGGACGGGGACCGGGAGGCCCGAUCGGACAUGAUGCUGCGAACGGGGGGCGGCGGCUGCGGGCGCGGGGAGGGACGGAAACCGGGGUCGGGCGGCGGCAAGUGCAGACCGCGGUCCCUGCGUUCUCGUCCCACCCAACCGGCGGCCGGGGAGGGGGCGUGGCUCCCCCUGCAGGCCGUUGGAGGCCUCGCCGUUGCCCUCGCCCUUUCCUCGGGUGGCCCCGAGGACCCCAACGGCCAGAGGCCCGCCCGACAGCGGGUUGGCGAGGAAGAUCCGGGCACCUCGCCCCCGGGCAGUGGCACAACCAUCUUCAAGAGAGGCUGCAUAUCCACCAUCUUUGAGAAGACCUGGGUGGCUGCCAUCUCUCCUCAGGCCACAGAACCUCGCCCAGGCCAGCCGCUGUCACCCACGAAGACCCAGACUGGAUUUCCAGGCUUCGGGGACCCCCAGGCUCAGGAAAGGAGGAUGGAUUCCAGGACAGAUGGCCCCGUGAACCUGUGGAUCCUGACCCAUGUGUGCUGGGAGCUGCAACUCCAGAUGGAGAGGCUCAUGCAUCACAAAGCCGAAGGACAUCCCCAGGCAGGAGGGACGAAGAGAGAGGCUCAGAUUUCGGGGGUCUGGUGGGCGGGAGAGGGCAGCCGACAGCCAGGUCCGACCAUGCCCGCCUGCCGUCAUUCCGUGCGGAGACAGGCCCAGGCGAGGGCCGCGCCCCAGCCUAGUGGCUCGGCGAGGUCCGGAUUGCGUCAGGCGGGUCGGGGCUCCUGCCGGGAGGCUGCGGGCUGGCGCUGGGGUGGGAGCGGACCGGAGGGCACCCCCGCACCAGUUAUCAGCCGGACCCUCCGCUGGCAGCCGCCCCUUUCAGCACAGGACCGGCCCGGACUGGACAGGACCCUACAGAACCGGACAGGACCGGUGGGCGGGGAGCAGGGUGGACCCAGGCAGGCUCCACCGCCGCCGACCCCACGGCCGCACUCGCUGCCCGGCCUAGAGAGACCCCCACGCCGCACCAACCGGCUUUAUUGGGUCCGAAACCCCCGUAAACUGCGCCCCUCGGGGGGAAACCCGAUGCCCAGCGCCGCGGGCCGGGUCGGCUCCGGCCAGAGCAGUCCAGCUGGCGCCACAGGUCCAGUCCUCGCUCUCCCGCUCCCAAAUCAAUAG